AUGGCAAGAGGUGCUUCUCAAUCCCAAACCACCUCGUCCUCUUCCUCCACUUCCCGUCCUGGAGUCAUGGCUCCUCGCGGUUCCGCUGCCGCCACUGCUGGGAUGCGCCGCCGCCGCGUCGUAUCCUCCGCGUCCUCCGGCGGUGGUGGUAGUAGCGGGAUCGGAGGCCCUGGAAGCAACAUGCUUCGAUUCUACACCGAUGAUGCACCGGGCUUGAAGAUCUCGCCCACUAUUGUUCUCGUGAUGAGUCUCUGCUUCAUUGGCUUCGUCACUGCUCUCCAUGUCUUUGGCAAGCUUUAUCGCAGCAAGGUUGGUCCCUGA